AUAUUUCAUCGCUCACACAAAGUCACGUGAUCAAAUAUCGUCUGCAAGAGGUUAAAGAAAAAAAUAUAAGCACGCAACUCAAAAAUCACAAACAUCAACAAGUGUUUAUUGGAAAAUAUCACACAAAUCUGUUGUCGGCUGCAUCUAUCCCAGAGAGAUGUUUGGAAUCAUUUUCCUGGUUUCAUUGGACAUUACUUUGGCCAUCACCUCCGGAGAAGAGAGCGCCUUCCAAUGUGCAAUGACGAUAUGUAACCGAGGGAAGGCGGAUCUAUCGCCCCUCCAUUGUCAGAGUGGCACUAUGCUGAUCAAAGAGGUCACAGAUGUAAUGACAGGGGAAUCUAAUGCCCUCGCAUUUAAAAAUAUGCGGCGCAUGUGUAUGGGAAAACCUGACUGUCCUACUCGCAAAUUCUGUGAGCAGAGUGGAUCCAAUCUUCACGUGGUCUAUCACUGUAUUCAAGAUACUAAUAUCUCUUGCGAGGAGAAACAACAUGUAGUGAACGCUACCCAGGGCGUGGUCAGGAAUCUUGCCUACCCUUCUACCGAUACUUCAGACUGUUCCGUCAGGGUUAAAGUGCCGGACGAUUCCUAUAUCAACAUCAUCAUUCACGACAUGGAGCGGCUAGCUGCCAAUCCGGAGUGUGAUGGCGGGCUACACUUGCGCACCAGUCGGAUGUGUAAUUUCGAUGAGACUUUCCCGCAUAAAACUCUUUGUAGUUUUAGCGGGAACACGACAGUAAUCCAGGCGUGUGGUGACGUAGAUAUUAGUAUGACGCCCAGCAAGGCAGGCUUCCGGUUUUACAUCUCAUUCAUAGUGACGCCAAUAGGAGAAACACCUAAGGACAAUUACUUAGACCCGAUCUCCAACCAGUGUCCACCAGGUGCUUCAAUAGACAAAACAGUGGGCAGUUUUCCUAUCGACUCCUAUCCUGAUUCACCGCACGACAAACACCAUGAUCAGACGAUAAACAAGACUAAUACACUGGUCACCGUCCUAAGCGGCGAUUCCGUGUCAUCGGUGGACUAUACAGAACGAGCAGUGUUUUACGUGGCCUUGAUCGUUGCUGCAUUAAGUCUGACAGGACUCAUCGUGAUCACCACCAUAUGCAUAAGACGACAACAUCAGUUGAAGUAUGGCGGUGGUAUUGACAUUGCCUCUCUUAUUAGCGGACGAUCUCCCUCGCUCGAUAUGGCGGCGCUCCGCCCUCUUCCUCUGAUCUCAUCAUCCACGUCAUCACGUCGUCAUAGUUACCCUAGUAACGUCCACGCUCGUCUGGAGGAAGGUUACAGCAUUGUUGCUGAUGAGAUACCGUACUUUGGUCCUUCUGACGAGUUGAGGUCACCGGCAUAUGCAGAAGUCGAGGACAAUAUCGCUGCAUCGUUAUCCGAGAGGAGUUCCGAAAGGUUUCCAUUUGGAUUACCUGGAACGAACCUCUUGACCACGGAAAGAAAAUCUGUAGAAAAUGUAUAUUCUGACUUGAAUGAUAGAAAUGUAUAUCAUGAAAUUUCAGACGAUUUAAUUCGAACAGAGAAUGUGUAUGUUCCAAGUCAAAUACCGCCGAUGACUUUAUCAAUAUUUACGGGAAAAAGGAAUAUAAAUAAAGCUAAAAAUAAAAGUUUACAAUCUAUAGGUAAGCAAGACUCUGAAGAGACAUACAUACUGUGUCAAACGCCAGAGAGGGAAGUAUCGCCCUCAAUGGAAUCCAAAAAAUCUGAAUCCGAUGGAAGCUUGAAUACAGAAGAAAAUGACUCAUAUGAAAUAUACCAGUCAGUAGAUGUGUGAGUGAUGGAGAGAGAUUCAUUAUAAUUGUAUUGUAUUUGUUAAAUAUUUGGAUUAAAUAAAAGAUUCUAUCCUU